AAGAUGAAAGGCCGGAUCGAGCUGGGAGACGUGACACCACACAAUAUUAAGCAGCUGAAGAGGUUAAACCAGGUCAUCUUUCCAGUCAGCUACAAUGACAAGUUCUACAAGGAUGUGCUGGAGGUUGGCGAACUAGCAAAACUUGCUUAUUUCAAUGAUAUUGCAGUGGGUGCAGUAUGCUGUAGAGUGGAUCAUUCACAGAAUCAGAAGAGACUUUACAUCAUGACACUAGGAUGUCUGGCACCUUACCGAAGGCUAGGAAUAGCAACUAAAAUGUUGAAUCAUGUCUUAAACAUCUGUGAAAAAGAUGGCACUUUUGACAACAUCUAUCUGCAUGUCCAGAUCAGCAAUGAGUCAGCAAUUGACUUCUACAGGAAAUUUGGCUUUGAGAUCAUUGAGACGAAGAAAAACUAUUACAAGAGGAUAGAGCCAGCGGAUGCUCAUGUGCUGCAGAAAAACCUCAAAGUUCCUUCUCUUGGCCAGAAUGCAGAUGUGCAAAAGACCGACAACUGAACAAAUUAGGAAUGAACUUUCUUGCACUUGCUUGUCGCCAAAUAAAAGAGAGGCCCUUUGAUUUCUCUCCCCUCCCCCUUUUAGAAGCUUUUUUUCCCCCUCUUCCUUAACCAUAUUUCUCUUCCUCUCCUUUGCUCCCGUCCCUCCAAAAUUUUAAUACUUCUUCCAAGGACUGUAAAAUUAAUCAUGUUUGGGUUUUUUGUUUGUUCUUUUUAUUUUUAUU